UGCGUGGGUGUCUCGGCUCGGACGGCGCCGGUGGCCGUUCGGACGUGCCCGGCGCACGACCGCCGAGCGGCACGCACCAAGCGCCGGCUGUCUGUGGAGGGAGUCCAGGAACGAAUGGCUAGAGCGCGCACUGCCGCCCGGGCGCCACGCCCGGUGGUCUGGGGCGGUGCCUUCUGUAACCCCGAGAACCCCUGGGCGGUCGGGGCUUGGCAUGGCGGCGGUGGGAAGUGACCGGGCCGGGCCCCCCGCCAUCCUCCCCUCCUACAAAGCCGUGGGCUCCAGAGAGGGAGGGGUGCUGGCGGCCUUCCUGUCCUGGGUCCACAGCGCCUGCCCCGCUCGGCCCACCCUAGGCAUCGAGGAGCUUUGUCAGAAGCGAGAGGAGUUGUGUCGGCAGAUCCAGCAGGAGGAGGAUGAGAAGCAGCGGCUGCAGAGCGAGGUGAGGCAGUUGACAGAGAAACUGGCCCGAGUCAACGAGAACCUGGCGCGCAAGAUUGCCUCUCGCAACGAGUUUGACCGGACCAUCGCAGAGACAGAGGCGGCCUACCUCAAGAUCCUGGAGAGCUCGCAGACUCUGCUUAGUGUCCUGAAGAGGGAAGCUGGGAACUUGACCAAAGGCACAGCCUCUGAGCAGAAGAGCAGUGGAGGCAAGGAGGGAGAGCUGAUGCGGCCAUAGCGGGGAGGGGCCUGCCUCCCCUCGGCCCUCAGCGGCCCCACCCCCAACAAGCCUGUCUUCAGAGCGUCUUUAUUCUUCACGGUAGCAGCUGCCUCCUUUCACUGUCUUGGGUGCCAAGCGGCUGUUGCCCAGCUCCACCAGCCCCAGGUGACAAGCCCUGGGCGCAGCCCUCCAGGUGGGGGUCCUGGCUCUGUACUCACAGGAUAUGGGGAGAACAGGCCCUGGCCUGGGUCAGUUCCUCUCCCUGCUCCCUAGUCUCAUCAGCGCGGGAGCCGCCUCACCUUGGUGCCCAGGCCAGGGGAGUGGGGGAGGGGCUGGGACCCGUCCCCUCAGAGCUUGCCCUGGUGGUCUAUGACUGUCAAUAAAGAUUGUCUUUGUAAAGAUA